AUGACGUAUAUUAGUAAUUAUGCUAUAGCGACUAUUCUAUGUCUUCAAACAGUAUGUCAUAGUAUUAUUUCAACUGUUGGACAAUAUAUUUAUGCUUCUUAUUUACAAACAUAUCCAUCGAAUGGUACUCAAAAUUUUACCACAAAUUUUAUUCCUUCAAUUCAUUUAUUAAAAUCAAUUAAUGAUGCCUCAUCACAAUGCAUAGAUAAUACAAGUAAUUCUUCAAAUAGUAAUGCUCAAGUAUGGGCACAAGAACAAUCAGCGGAUCUAUUCUUUCGAAUUGAUUUAUGGAAUAGUUGUCCAAUGAUUAUAAUGACUUAUAUUCUUGGAGUAUAUACUCCAAAAUUAGGUAGACAAUUUGUUCUUAUAGUACCUAUGUUAGGAACUACCGGUCAGCUAGCUAUUUGGUUAGCAAUUAUUUAUUUUCAUCUAGCUGAUUAUUGGUGGUAUAUAGCUAGUUUUAUUGUUGGUUUAUCUGGUUCAAGUUAUAUUUUAAAUUUUGUAUUGAGUUUAAUCAUCGUAGAUAAUACGAAAGAGAACGAUCGAUCAUCUCGUUUUGUUUUAUUUGAAGCAUUGACAACAACUGUAUCUGCUAUUGUAACGUUUGCUAGUGGUUAUUAUAUCAAUUGGCGUGGUUUUACAGAUCUGUACUGGAUUUCUUUAGGAUUACAAAUUAUUUCCAUUAUAAUUGUUAUUUUAUUUUUUAAAAAUUCUUCUCAUAUAGUCAACGAAAGAACUUCACUAUUAUCAUCAUCAUCUGUAACUGUAACUCAAAUUAAAGAAUCUCGACCAUUAAAAUCAAAAUGUAACAAUUGUUUAAGUUUAUUUCAAAUCUUUAGUUUUAAAAAUCAACCACGACAAAAAUCAAUUAGUCUUCUUUUAAUUCUUUUCGCCUAUAUUUUCUAUUUAUUAGCAUAUUCAACAUAUGCAGCAUUUCUUUGGUAUCUUCUCGAUUCUCCAUUUUGUUGGUCAUCAGAAAAUGUUGGAAAUUAUACAGCAUUAGCUUCCAUAUCUUGUGCAAUUUUUAGUUUACUUGGAAUGAAAUUCUUUACACGUCUUGGUGCUAGUGAUACAAUUAUCUGCACAUUAAGUCAUCUAUUUUUUACUGCAUCAUCUCUUUGGAUUGCAUUUGCUAAACGUAGUUGGCAAUUAUAUGCUGGAUUAUUAAUCAGUCCAUAUGCUGAUUAUCAAAAUGCUUUAACAUUACCAAUGAUGUCGAAAUGGUUAGAACCUCAUGAACGAAAUCAUGCAUUUGCUUUGGUAGCCGAAGUAAAUACAAUUGUUACAACGUUUGGUGAUUCAGUUUUUAAUUGGAUUUAUGCACAAACAGUUGCUAAUUUUCGUAAUUUUACAUUAUUAAUGGCUGCUGGAUUUAGUAUUAUUUCGUUUAUAUUAAAUAUAUGUUUAUUUGGUGUAACACGACGAAUGUCUAAUGAUGAAAUUUUAAUUUCAAAUUCUGAAUCAGAACCAUUAAUAUUACCACCAUCAACGAGUCAUCAUCAUAUAGUUUCUUAA